AUGUCUUGUUUUUCUACAUCAAUUGAUGAUGAUCCACUUAUUUUACUUAAUAUUGGUGGUACGCAUAUGACAACAAAACGAUCAACACUUAUGCGUAUUCCAAAUAGUGUACUUGCACUUGCUUGUAUAAGUCCAUGGUCAGAAAGUAUAACACAUGAUAAUGAGGGGCGUUUAUUUUUUGAUUGUGAUCCAAAUUUAUUUCAAUAUUUAUUAAAUCAAUUACGUGAUUGGUCAUCAUCAACACGUAAAGUAUUUACUUUACCAAAUGAUGAAUUUGAACGUGAACGAUUUCGUUUACUUUGUAUUCAACUUAAUUUUGAUUUACAUUUAAUUGAUGGAAUUUAUCGACAUGAAAAAUUUAAUAAAAUAUGUGGACAUGUUAUACUUGAUGAAAAAGGUCUUGUUGUUCGACAUGCUAAUAGUUAUCGACAUGCUGAAUGUCGUGGAAUGAAUGUUUAUUCAACAGGUAUUAGUCGUAUAGCAUUAACACUUAAACAUGAAACUAUUGAUAAAUAUAAUACAUUUAUUGGUAUUAUAUGGUCAGGUACUCCAAUGCAAGAAAAAUCAUUUGAAUCACCAACAGCUUAUGGAUGGGCUGGACAAAAACAAGUUUAUUUAAAAGGUAUACCAGCAGCAAUACAAGGUUAUGGUGGAUAUGAUUCUGAUAUGUGUACAAAAGAUACAGUUGAUCUAACAUUAAAUUGUCAAUUAGGUUUAAUUUCAUUAUUUAAUCAUCGAACAAGAAAAAUUUAUGAAAUACAAAUUGAUAUAAAAGAAGGUUGUCCAUUACCUUGGCAAUUACAUAUCAAUUUAUUUGGACCUGAUGAUCUAGUAAAAAUAAUUAAUCCAUCAUCAUAG